CGGCAAUUGAACGGCGACCAUAUGGCGUUACAGUCAAUAGCUAUACCCAUGAAACCGUUGUGCAGAGAGACAAACGGGAUCCUACGCACGUUGUGGGACGGAGGUAAUGAAAUCCUCUAGUGACUAUUGUCGAUCUCGUGGCAUGUGUCUCCAUAGUCCUUUCAUGAAUCAGACACAAUCUUUGACAGCCCUAUUCCAGUCAAGCCGCCAAUAUGCAUUCGGAAGGCUGGGCAAUCCAGACAUUCAUUGUAGGCGGACGGUGUUUGACACCUGUUCCGUUCACAACGUUUUCUAUCCCUAUAGGUGGUCAGCUCUAAGGCCUUGAAGACUUAUAUCUCUUGCCUCUGGGCGUCUUCGUUAGUUUCCAGAAUAUAGUGUAGACAAAAUUUGUGUACUCCAGUCAGGUGCUUGGAGAUGCUUAAUAUAUUCC